GGGCGGUACUUCCGUCGGCGGGACCUGUUUGAAGGGUGGACUUAAGCCGACGGGAAGAGUUCCCGGCGGACGGCAUUAAGGGACGGACCCUUCCGGCCUGAAAAAACCUAGCCGCCCCGAGCAGAGUGUAGGGCUGGUUGGAAGGACUCGGAUCAUGGCGGAGAAUCACUGCGAACUGCUCCCGGCUCCUGGCGCCACUGCGCUCGGGGUGGGACCGGGGGGCGGCUUGUGUAGACGCUGUGGCUCCGGGCUCGCGCCCCUCGGGGAGCGGGCAACCGGCGGCGGUUCCAAGUGGGUCCGACUCAACGUGGGCGGCACCUACUUCCUCACCACCCGGCAGACUCUCUGCCGGGACCCGAAAUCCUUCCUGUACCGCCUGUGCCAGGCAGAUCCGGACUUGGACUCGGACAAGGAUGAAACAGGUGCCUAUUUAAUAGACAGAGAUCCUACGUAUUUUGGGCCAGUUCUGAACUAUUUGAGACAUGGAAAACUGGUCAUCAAUAAGGACCUUGCAGAAGAGGGGGUGCUGGAGGAAGCUGAAUUUUAUAACAUCACUUCACUAAUAAAACUUGUAAAGGACAAAAUUAGAGAACGAGACAGCAAAACAUCACAGGUGCCAGUCAAGCAUGUGUACAGAGUGCUUCAGUGUCAAGAGGAAGAGCUCACCCAAAUGGUUUCAACCAUGUCUGAUGGCUGGAAGUUUGAGCAGCUUGUCAGUAUAGGUCCUGCCUUUGGCUAUGGCCGGCACCACCAGUCAGAGUUUCUGCUGAUAGUGUCUCGGGAAGUGAGAGGGGAGGAGACACGUUUCCAGAAAUGCUGCAGUGAGCUGGUCAGUAUUGGUUCAUCUUAUAACUAUGGAAAUGAAGACCAAGCUGAAUUUCUUUGCGUUGUCUCGAAGGAGUUGCAUAAUACCUCUUAUGGCACAACCAGUGAACCCAGCGAAAAGGCAAAGAUUUUGCAAGAGAGGGGUUCCAGGAUGUGAAGACCACAGUAUUGAGAGCUGAAGAAUUUUUACUUUUUUUCCUCCCAAAAUACAAUGAAUUGCCAUGUUGAAGAGGCUUGGCUGUAAGAAGAAACCUGCUUUAGACAAUUUUCAAUUGAGAUCUGGGUUUGAAUUUGAAUCUUUUUUGGGGGGCCCAUUGGGUGUAGCAUAAGACAGAAUUGACUGGCUGAGAGAGAAUGUGAAGAAAUUACUCCUUGGCAGAACACAUGGAGAAUGUGUGUUUUCAGCCUGUUGCUGGCACAUGGCAGGACUGGCCCUGGGUGGAACAAGCACACACACCCUGAAUUCUUCCCCAGGUCUGUCUAUGCAGGACUGGGGCAGAGAGAUCCUAUAAUGAUCAGUGUGAAGUUUUUUUUUUUAACCUUUUUUUUCUUUUGGUAUUAUUCAUUGAAGAUAGUUUAAAAGACAAUGUACUUGGUGCUACAUAUUACAACCCUUAAAUGCAGACGUUUGGGGCCUUCAUUGUUAGGAAAUGCUUGGCAGCCCCAAUUUACUGUCUUACACUGUUUGGUCACCCCAUCCAAGCUUUUAGGAGAUCCAAUGAAAUCAGAAAGUCAACACCAAGCAGCAGGAACAUAUAAGUGGAAAGUUGGCUCAGUUCGGCCAUCCAGGCUUACUGCAUGCAUUUAGUUCGGAGUUUACCUUUCUCUUCAAAGGGAAGCUCCUAAUAAGGGAAGAUUCUUUUUGUUGCUACUUCCUGAAGACCUCUUAUCUUAGUAACUGAUUCUUAUGAAAAUUAAGCUUCCAUCCCAGCUAAAUGUUGGAUUAGGAAAAAAACAAAAUUUCUUAAUAAAUACUUUCCAGCUAAGAAAACUUUGUAUUCUCUGCCCCAUUUCCCAUUUUUUUUAACAGAAAAAAAAAAUAGCUCCUUUCCCAAAUGUUCCUGUUUUUACUUUCUAGAAAUGCCUAUAAGUGUUGAGAAUUUUUUGGAUUAGGUUAAUUGAUCUAAUGAGAGGUACAACCUCUGCCUAAAAUUAUAUAGAGUGCUUGGUGGUCAUUGUUAACCUCUGUCAAUGCAUUUGUCAUCCUAGUGAUCUCCAUUGGGAUUGGGGAGGUGUUUUGCACAGAUUUUCACCUGAUUUCUUGAGUUUAAAAUCUGGAUUGAAUUGAAAAUUCAGGAUGUUUACAGUGCAUCAUAUAUCUCUCUCUUCCUCUUUCAUUUUCUUUGUAAAACUAUGCAGUUCUCUUUAGAAUCAUAGGGAUGUUUGAGAUCUCACGGAAAACCAGAACAGGAUAUGUUAGCCUUACAUGAGAUUGGAACUCUUAGUGUUCUUUUAAGAAAUCUGUUAGCAUGCCUUUUAAACAGAUUUAACUCAAGUAAUAGUGCGAAACUAGUUUUCUAAAGCUCUGUUUGGUACAGUGGAGAUGUGAUUAUCUAGAAUGAGCAAACUCUGCUCCUGAUUGACAACAGUUUCAAAGGGAAGGUAUAAGAAAACUGACCCUCAGGAUUGCUGACAUUUACACUUUGGAGGAUGUCUAGAAUUUUAAGGCUUUUACAAUUGUUGCAUUUCAAAAUAUUUCCUGAAAUGUUGCCUCCCUACCCCCUUCCUCUUGCCAGUGACAUGUUCAACAAAGUUCUUGAGCAUUGAGGACUUAGCUCCCUUUUUAUAAAGUUCGUUGUAUGUUAUUGUUAAAAAGGUUUGGCUUAAACUGUUUGUAAAAAAACAAAAACAAAAAUAUUUCUUAUAAAGCAGGUUUAGCAACAGGCUAAAUUUUUUUUCCACCCAGCUGAGGCAUGGAAGGAUUUUGUAGUAUGUUUUUCCAUUUGGACAUGCUCUCUGCAGGAAGCUGCUAGCCGCUUAGCAUUCUUUUGAUUAGUGAUAUUGAAAAGAAAGGUGUGUGGUGUUUUUUUUUUUUUAAUAUUGAGACUUAAUUAACUAGAAUUUAUUCUAAAGGGGAUGUUUAUACUUUUAUACUUUUUUUAGGUAUCCAUAUUUUAUCAGCUUAAAGUUUAAUGCCUAAGUUUCCCCAUGAAAAUAGCAAAUAAUAGUGUAUAUUUACAGAUAAGCAUAACAGCUGUUAGUGUCUUAAACUGCAUCUAAAAGUCUCUGCUGCCAAAGUCCUUGGGUAAGCGUCUGGGGCUAGAGAUUGAUUAUAUAGAGCUCCACAUAUGGGCUACAGCAUCCUCUGCCCCCAUUAAGGCAUUGGUUUUGCUCUUGUGAGCCAUGCAGAGUAAACUCAGCAUUCUAUUUCUUGGCUUGAUUUUAUUUGCCAUAGGAAGCAAGAGUCAUGGUUCCCAGGAGUGAGGAUUACUUAGUGCCUGCCUCUUGUCAUCCACAUUCCAAUGACUGCACAAGAAAGGUAUUGUAAUUCCUUUCUUUUGACCAAGAAACUGUUAUUUGUGACUUUUCAGGACUGGCUAUAUAGCCAAUAAGCCUGAAAGAGAAAGAGAGAGCACUAGAAAGAAAGCUUGCAGAUUUCUUGGAAGUAGAAUUCGCAAAGUAAUCCAGAACCGAAGAAUUUCCUUUAUGGAGUGACUUUAUACUGGAAUAUUUUGCUCUUGUUCAUUUGCUUCUCCCGGUGGCAUUUCUUGCCUUUUUGCCUCCAUUAUUCCCCUGCAUUGGGGAGAAAGGAACACCAUUUUAAAAUGAAAUUUUACUGAUACCUCAUAAAGUAAUUAUUGUUUUGUCUGUCUCUUUCUUUGGCUAAAAAUAAAAGUGAUAACUAUAAAUGAUGAUUUCCCGAGUUUUAUGGGAAAUUUCUAGACAACCCAUUUGAAAGAAUUUUGAAAAAAUGCCCAUUUUCCCUAAUAAAGGUAGCAAAGAUUCUCAUAGCCCAUGAAAUCAGACCUUAGGCUAGGGUUUUCCCUCUAGAACUCCCAGGGACCUCCUCUAAUAGCUGUUUUGUUCAUUGUGUUUUUGAAAUCUUGUAUCUGAGAUCAGGUACAAAUGGCUCCCUCCAGAAGAGGCCUGCCAUGUGCAACUGGCUUGUUGCUCUAAAGACUGUUAGGAUUUCCACACCUGCCACUAUCUGGAAGUCAGAAGAGUAUUAUGCUAUAAAAUUACCUGUGUCUGAUCUGCACUGGUUAAUCCUCUCUGUCUAGCUGUGGGUAAUAGGUUCCUCUCCCCACACCCCCCCCUCCAGUGAUAGUAUAAAUUCUCAUUCAAUGUCUACUAUAUAAACUAGCAGAAAAGCUACUAAAGGAAAUUUUACACCAUCAGUUAACAGAUUUUCCCUAAAAUUCCAUGAAAAAACAAUUAACCUGUAGCUUUCCCUCCCUGUGUCAAGAUUACAGAUGUGACCGCUAAGAGUCUAGGAUAUUUCAGAGUUGCUGGUCAAAUCUUGUCGCCCCUUUAAUUUUCUUCUGUCCAUGAAAAUCCUAAUUGAUUCAUACUGGUUAUCCAGUCCAACAGUCCAAAGGGUCAAACUUCCUUCAGAGCUUGAACUGUAGAGCUGCUGCUGCUGUUGCAACUAGUGGAGAAUGGGAGUUUAAGAUGUGCUUCUGAUACCACCCUGUUGCUCUAAAGUGAAUUCUUUAUUUUCUGGCCCUAAUUGCACAGAAGCUGAAGUCAGAGCAGGUGGAAGGGAGGGGAACAAGAGAACUAAGCUUUUCCAGAGAGGAGGAGGUCAGUUCCUUAUCAGUUCUGGGACUUAAACUCAGGAAUGAUAAUUUGGCCUUUAUUUCAAAGGCUGUUCCUCAUUUUUGAGAAGUUACUUGGAAAAGAAAUGGGUUCAUGCUUUGAACAUGCUUUGAAAUAGGGAUCUCACGCAUCCAAAGGGCCCUCAGGAAAACAGUUGUCAUCACUGUGUUCCCCACAUUAGGAUUUACUUGCUGGCUAACAGCAGCCAGUGACUCCCUUCCUCAGCGGCAGUUGCCUAUUUGGUCCCAACUACCCUGGCAACAGCUUUGGCCUUUCCACCUGACUGGGAUUACAAAGGGCUAAUUCUGCACCAUUGUGGGGUUUUUUCAUUGUUUCACUUUUGUUGUUGUCUGUUCUAAGGAACUCCUCACUUUUACUGUGGUGGAAAAUGCUAAGGGCUAACACCUUCUGGGUCUGUCUUUGGGAACUGUGUGUCUGUCUGUCUAUAAUUAGAAAUGGUGCUCAAACUUAUUUUGAAAGAGUAGCUGCUGCCUUUUAAAAAAAAAAGACAAAACCCAAUAACUUUGGAUCAGAUGCACAUGCCCUUGGGGAAGGCUAGGUCCCCAUGGGAUCUGAUUUAUUGAUGCCACUGUCAUUGGGGGGAAUCUCUUUGCCUUCUUCCCUCUCUGUCCCUCUUCCUUACCCUCCAUUUCUGAGUAUCUCUCUGUCACUUCAACCUGUCUGUAUUUCAGGCGAGAGGUGAGAAGAUUGGGGUGGUGCCUUUCCCCUAUACCAUUUCUUCCCCCCAUCCCUUCUGAUUGAACCAGUCAUGGAACCUCCAGAUUGGCUUUUUAAGUUCUAAGCUACUCCUCAGGACUUAGUACUUUGACACUGUCACCAUUAGAAUUGCCACUGUGGAGUGAUUGGUCUGAAACAUUAACCAAUUUCAAGGCACCUCCUCUUGAAGGCCUGAAUUGUGAUUGUGAGAGGGGCCGGGCACUUUUUUUUCUUUACUUGGUUCUCUUUCUCUGUUUUGGAGAUCUGACCAAGAUGCUUAUGCACAAGUUCGGCCCUGACUAGUGGAGCAGCAGUUCCCCAAGUAUGUGGACCAUUGCCUUGGUUCAAACUGUGGGGACACUGGAGAGGGAUAUAUAUGUUUCUGACUACCCUUUUCUUUCCUUUCCCAAAGGUCACUGAGCUGCUGCUCCUGGACAAGACUGCCUAGUUAAGACUUGUCUUUAUUUGGGCUGGACUUGAAUUCAAGGGGCAUGAAUUUGGAGGCUCUUCCCAUGGGCCUUCCAGUCCUUUUCAUUGGUUUGCCAGGGAUAAAAUUAUCCAUUUGGCUGUAUUCUCAGUGCCGACCACCUUCCUGAGGUUAUGUCUGUGAUGUUUUAUUUCCCAGCUACCAAAUUAGCAAUAACAGUCUUCAUUUUCACUCUCUUUAAAGUGUUCUUAUUGCAGCCAAUAAGCACUCUUUUUGGAGCCAAGAGUUGGCUCUGGCUCCUGGGCUUUAAAGUUGCAUCAAGGUUAUACUUAGCAGCAGCAAAGUGCACAUAGAAAGUUGUAUUUAAGCAGCCCACCCAGAAGAGUCUGGGAGGGAACCUUACCUGGGGCUUCCUCCUUCAUCCAAAGAAGGAAGCUAUCCAUUGUUUCCAGAACAAAUAUAUGACAAAGUGUGUGGGUGUUUUUUAAACCUCCUUUUCAUAACACUAAGCUUAUUGUGUAUUGUAAAUUGCAUGAAAUAAACCUGUUUUCCCUUUUAAAACUUUGA